CACAAACACACAUACACACUCACAACCUUCCCAAGCCUGUGUAUUGGAUCUUCACUCCACACCGUACUCUAGUAAAAGAUGCUGAAAUCUCUGCGUUACCAGUUGAAGAUGAGCCGUCUCAGUAAAAGGGACUCGUCCUCCACCUGGUUUGAGGGAAGUGUUGAGGACGAGGAGGACGAUGAUGAAGAUUUCCACAUGGUGGAGAUGCAGGACGAGUGUGUGGAUGGACAGAAGCUGGAGAAUGAGUGCACUGCCUGGGAUGUCCCCCGUCUCCUGGGACUCGAGGAAAUCAACAAGAACAUCACGUCUGAGCAAAGCAAAGUGCUAAGUGUUACACAGAUACAGGAGCUCUUCAACGCUCUCCCUGCUACACUGAGGCUGUGUGAGUGGGUGUUAGCGUAUCGCACUCAGAGCCACGGCAGCAGUCUGAGGACUCUGUACAGGACCACCAGUGAAAUGGACACCUGCAUGAUCGUCCUCAUUAAAGACACCUACGGACAGGUAUUUGGCGCAGUUUGCUCCGCCCCUCUCAGAGUUAGCUCCACCUACUAUGGCACAGGACAGACCUUCCUGUUCUCCUUUUCUCCACAUCUGCAGGUGUACAAAUGGACCGGUGUUAACUCCUACUUCAUUAAAGGAAGCAUGGACUCUCUACUUUUCGGAGGAGGACUAGGUCGGUCCGGUCUGUGGCUACAUGGAGAUCUACUCCGAGGCCGCAGCCAGCGAUGUGAAACUUUCGAUAACGCUGUUUUGUCCUCAGAGGAGGAUUUUAUCAUUAACGAGCUGGAGGUCUGGGCUCUCGUCUGACUGUUUUUCUUCUCAAUUUAACGCCAUAAUCUGAGAAAGAAUCGAGCCGAACCUAGCAUCGGCUCAGAUCCAGAUCCACACAAGGGGGCGUGAGCCUCGACUCGGCCUGGACAAGGCCAUGGAGCACAUUGCACACGGAUGGAAUCGCAGACGGCUCUGAUGACAAGCUUUCAGACACGCUAACACAUCACUGGCCCUCAACACGUGGUCCAGACCACAUUCAGAGGAGUUGUGACAUCUGAAAAGCAGCAUUUCUGAGGAUCAGCGUGAUUCACCACUAGAGAGCGCUACAGUCUUAGAGGAAGAGAAGAAGAUGGGAGAAGAAAUGGCUUCAUGCACGUUAUAAAAUUUUGUUGUUUCUAUUAAUGUUUUUAAUGGUUUCAAUUACAGGUUUGC